AUGAAUCAUUUGUUAAAAGAAAUUAAAAAGCAUGAACAACUUCUUUUACAACAUUUACAAAAUGAAUAUACACGUAUAAGUCAAGAUUAUUCCUCAUGUUUCGAAAAAUUUCAAGAAUGUUUACAAAAAUUAUUUGAUAAUUAUAUUCAGUUAAAAGAAACAAUUAAACAACAACGUAAACAUGUAGAAUUAUUAAAAAAUAUUGAUAAUGUACGUUUACAACAUGCUAACAAAAUAAUUGAUCUUUUAAUUGUCAAUGGACAUGCUAAUUCAGCACACAUUGCAAAAUUAAAAGAUAUAUUAAAUGAAUAUUAUCUAUAUUUAUUAGAAACUAUUGAAACACGUUUACAAUCAUUAAUAACAUCAUGGGUAUUACAAAAAUUUUUAUAUGAUUAUGAAAUUGGUCAUGAUCAACAGAGUGUACAAAAAUUACUAUGUAAACAUCAACAAUUUGAAACUGAAUUGGUUUUAUUAGUACGAGAUAUUCAACGUAUACAACAAGAUGUUAAACGUUUAAAUGGAUAUUAUGCUGGAGCAGAAGAAACAGAAAUCAAACAAAAAGAAAUUGAUGUUUUAACACAAUGGAAAUUAUUACCACAAUUAGUCGAUCAACGUUAA